GUUGCAUCACUUUCGUGUUUACCAAAACAGAAUACGGAGAAGAAUGCUUUCAAUUUCAAUUUAGGAGUAAACUUUUUACUAAAUCUGCUGGCUUUGAUCUCCAGAAAUUCAAUUACGCAGAGAAAGGAAGACUAGAUACAUUGAAGUGAGUGAUCGGUGCUCUGUAUCGGCAUGAUCAACGAUUGUCUGCAUUCAUCGCGUCAGGUAUGAUGCUUCACUUGCGAUUUACUUAUUCACGUUGAAAUCUCGCUUCAAUUUUGUUGUUUUGUUUUUGGUGGAAAUGCGUUUACUGAAUCCGAUCUCUCUCCGCUGAUGCUCUGCAAUGGCGUCCUUCCGGCGAACCCUAUCGUCGUCCAAUUAUCUUACCGGAGGAGCGAAUUCGUUCUCUCUCGACGUUAAUUCUCCGCCUCACAAGCUUCAGUCCAUCGGGAAAAGCUCGUCUCCGCUGUGGGCGUUCGGAUUUGCAAUCGGUAAUUUACUUGGUGGCGGCGUGAGGCAUUCGAGGAAAGGAUUUUCGUGGAAGAAAUCCAUUUACAGGUGUUUGAUGUUCUUCUUCGUGGGAAUUUUGCUAGGCGUGGCACCUUUUGGCGAUCUAGAAGAUGCGAAGAACAAGGACGGUUUCUCAGCCCAAGCGAAGCCUCCGUCCAUAGAUGAUGAAAGGGAAAUGAAGGAUGUAGUAAUUCCCAGGCAUAAUUCUAUUGUUGCUGUUUCUCUGUUAGAAGUGCAGGAAAAGACCGAAUUGGAAGGACGAUUUGAUUUGAUUCCCCGGAAACAAUUGAUCGUUGUGACUCCUACAUAUCCAAGGCCUCAGCAAACUUAUGAUCUGAAUCGAUUGGGGCAGGUUCUGAGGCUUGUGCAGCCACCAUUACUGUGGAUUGUGGUGGAGAUGAAUGAAGCUUCAUCUGGAACUGCAGAGAUUUUGAGGAAGACUGGUGUCGUGUAUAGGCAUCUAGUGUGCUCCAAGAACAUGGAAGAUGUAAAGCACAAGAAAGCUGUUAUGCGGAACACUGCAUUAGAGCAUGUUGAACAUCACAGGCUUGACGGAAUCGUUUACUUCGCAGAUGAUGACAAUGUCUACUCGCUCGAGUUGUUUGACAGCAUGAGGAGUAUCAGCCGUUUCGGGACUUGGCCUGUGGCUAUGGUGGCACAAAGCAAAAACAAGGUUUUAGUAGAAGGUCCUAUUUGUAAUGGAAGCCGAGUUGUGGGAUGGCACACAAAUGAAAAGAGCAAAAGACUUAAAAGAUUUCAAGGUAUUGAUAUGUCCGGCUUUGCCUUCAAUAGUACUCUUUUGUGGGAUCCAAAAAUGUGGCAUCUCCCUACCGCAGAGCCAAUCCGACAGUUGGACACCAUAAAAGACGGGUUUCAGGUAUCCUUCUUAUGCCUGAAUAAUCCAUCUUGAUGUUAAUUUGUAGGGUACAAAAAUGAAAGAGGAUGAAAUGGUUGUCGUGUAGCUUUGGAGUCUUACUCCCAUUUGUUUAUGCUCCUUAAUAAAGGUACAAUUUUACC